AGCGGGAGCAGGUGAAUCAAGCUUCUGAUCUCGCAACUAGAGCUUCACAACAAUUCCAUUCUCUCCCUCAUUCUUUCCCUAGAGACCAGAAGAAAAAGAAAAAGAGAAAACAAAAGAUUGUACGGCGGCUCUGUAUUUUAUUUUUGUUUUGUCGCCGUGGUCUACAACACCGCAACCAUCAAACCAAAACACAUUCGACAACACCUAAACAAACCCCAUCUCUCACUUUAAGUUUUAAGUAAACAGCAUCAAUGGCGUAUCGAUCUAUAUUCGACGCUUCAGCGCUGCGAACCGAGUUCGAAAACGCCGGAAUCAACCCUCAAUUUAUCCCCUUGAUUUGGAAGAAAGUUCUUCAGAAUCCUAAUUGUAAAUGGGAAGAAAUUCUGUCGUUACCAGCCGCCGCGUAUUCUCUCCUCAAUUCCAAGUUCGUGCCCUUGUCUUCUACCCUUCACUCCGUUGCUCAUUCUACUGACGCUGUCACCUCUAAACUUCUCGUCAAACUCAAGAGUGGGGCAUUUGUGGAAGCUGUAAUAAUGAGAUAUGACAGCCGCAAAGGACAAUAUGAUGGCAAACCACGUCCUGGUGGUCCAAGGUCAACUCUAUGUGUGUCAUCUCAGGUUGGAUGCAAAAUGGGAUGUAAGUUUUGCGCAACGGGCAGCAUGGGAUUCAAAAGUAAUUUAUCAACAGGAGAGAUAGUGGAGCAAUUGGUGCAUGCCUCUCGUAUAUCGAAUAUACGUAAUAUUGUUUUCAUGGGGAUGGGGGAACCAUUGAAUAAUUACUCUGCAUUGGUGGAAGCAAUUCGUAUGAUGACAACAUUUCCAUUUCAGCUGUCACCAAAGAAAAUCACUGUGUCGACGGUUGGAAUUGUGCAUGCCAUUAACAAGCUACACCACGAUCUCCCUAAUCUGAAUCUGGCAGUAUCACUUCAUGCACCAGUUCAGGAUAUUCGUUGCCAAAUUAUGCCUGCGGCUCGGGCAUUUCCUUUGGAGAAACUUAUGGAUGCACUUCAUUUAUACCAAAAGAAUAGUCAGCAGAAAAUAUUUAUUGAGUACAUAAUGCUUGAUGGCGUGAAUGAUGAUGAGCUGCAAGCACAGCAGCUUGGCAAGUUGUUAGAAACAUUGGAAGUGGUUGUAAAUCUUAUACCUUUCAACCCCAUUGGCAGUACAAGUCAAUUCAGAACAAGCAGUGAAGCAAAAGUCAAAUAUUUCCAAAAAGUUCUGAGGGAGAAGUACAAUAUUCGGACAACAGUUCGUAAGGAAAUGGGCCAAGAUAUAAAUGGUGCAUGUGGUCAGCUGGUUGUAAGCGAACAAGAUAAGUUGUUGGCAACAAGCACUGCUCCUUUAACUGAUAUUGAAGAUCUUCGUUUUUGAUGAUGUAAGUAAAGCUUCCACAUUUUGUAUGAAUCUGUUAUAUCUCGUUUAAUAGAGUACACCUUGUGUCAAAGCUUCCCAUUUUAUUUUUUGACAAGGUAAUUUGUGAUGGAACUGGUAUUAUAAAGAGAAAUACAAGAAAGAAAUGCUGGAAAUGAGAGGAAUAGCAAGUGUUUCAGUGUCAAAAUGUCUCCUUUCACUAAGCAUAUAUAAAGCGAUUUAAAAUUCUGUAAAAUGUAAUGAAUGCACAACUGAUUCUUUUGAUUGAAAGGGCUCUGAAGUGAGGUCAUAGAGUGCAA